AUCAAUUUUUAGAAAACCAGCCCAUAGAAACUAACCUACAGACUCUCCAAUACCGCUUCAACAAACCACCCGUGGCAAAACCACUGCAUACCCAUCCCAACCUAAAUGUCUUUUUUCCAAUGUAAUUCAAAUUCUUUAUGUUAAAAGGUUGGACGAUGCAGGUUUAUUUAUUUAACCAAUAAACAGAUGCAUGUGCCUGACUAUACGUCUGCUAGUUUCACCAGGACUUUGUUGACUUGUAAGUGAUCUCUCUAACGCCAUUUCUCUGUCCACUGCCUUUCUCCGUCUGCUUCUCAGUCUUCGCUCGGAUCCCAGUAUAGUUUGUUCUUAUCUACGUCUUUCUUGCAUUUCACUUCUAUUUCCUUUCACUCAUCUCUGCACUCCUUUUGCUCUCUCUCUCUCUCUCUCUCUCUCUCUCUCUUUCAUCUGUUUCUCUAUUCUCUACUUCCAUUCAGUCAUAUUCUCAUUUUUCUUUGCUGUUAUCAUCAUUUAUUGUUCAAUUUUUCUUUUUUCCUGAGAGUUGAGUUUUUCUUUAAAAAAAAAAAAAUCAAAAUGGUACUGGAUAUGUUUAUCUCCAUGUUCACCGAGAUCAUUAAAGAUCCCAUCAUGCAAUUCGUAGUCGUUCCUAUCAAACGACACAUUAGUUAUCCUUUCAACUACAAGACCAAGGUUGAGAGGCUCCAGGAAGAGGCUCAGCAAUUGAACAGCAAAAGAGACAGGUUGCAGCAAUCAGUUGCUGAUGCUUCAAGAAGAGGGGAGGAGAUCUACGAUGACGUCAGCAAGUGGCUUAUCAGUGCGGGAAAAGCUAUUCGAGAAGCCGAGCAACUUAUCCAAGCCAAAGAACAAGCGAAGGAGAGGUGCUUCAUUGGUUUGUGUCCCAAUUUGAAGACGCGCUACCACCUCAGCAAGAAAGCAGAAAAGAAAGCUUCGUUGAUUGAUAAGCUUCGGAAUCAGGGUGGACUUGAACCAAUUGGCCACACUCAACCUCCAAAGCAGAAAGUGGCCCCAUCUGUAUAUGAUCGUGAGGAACUGCCUUCGAGGGUGUCAAUUUUGAAGGAAAUAAUGGAUUCGCUGAGAGAUCCUGUUCUUAACAUGAUUGGUGUUUAUGGGAUGGGCGGGGUCGGUAAGACCACCCUAGCUAGGGAGGUCCAUAGACAAGCCCAAUAUGAUAAGUUAUUCGAUGUUGUGAUUUUUGUUGCUGUAUCACAAUCGCCAGAGCUCAGAAGAAUUCAAGCGGAGGUUGCUGAAGUCUUGGGUCUUGAUCUUCAUGAGGAGGGAAUCCUCCUAAGAGCAAAUCGACUAUAUGAGAGAUUGAAUAAAGAGAAGAUACUUAUCAUUCUUGAUGACAUUUGGACAGAACUUCAAUUAGAGGAAGUGGGAAUUCCAUUUGGGCCCGAUUGCAAGGGAUGCAAAAUAUUAUUAACUUCGAGGAAUAGAAAUGUGUGCAAGGGGAUGGGAGCGCAGAAAGUUUUGGAACUUGAAGUUCUACGAGAAGAAGAGGCAUGGAAUUUGUUUAAAUUCACCGUAUCUGUAGCUGAUGGCCAAGAACCGGAGUUACCUUCUUUAGCUACUGAAAUUGCAAAAAAAUGUGCAGGAUUGCCCCUUCUCAUACGCAAAGUUGCUGCAGAUUUGCAAAUGAAGGAGUCAUAUAUGUGGGAUGAUAAGCUGAAGCAACUUUCUGACUUGGAUAAUGAAGAAAUACAGAACAAGGUGCACUUGGUUCUUAAGUUGAGCUACGAUAAUUUGCCUCGCAGUGAACUCAGGUCAUUUUUCUUGCUUUGUGGUCUGUUUGGACAGUCUAAUAUUCAGAUCCAAAACUUGCUAAAAUAUGGUAUGGGUGUGGGUUUAUUUAAGCACAUAGCUACAGUUGAAGAAGCGAGAAACAAAGUAUAUACUUUGAUUGAUGAACUGAAAGCUGAGUGUUUACUGCUAGAUGGUGACAUGAAUGGAUAUGUGAAAAUGCAUGACAUUGUUCGUGACACUGCCCUGUUAAUAGCUUCUAAAGAGCAACAUAUUUUUAUAGGCACAAGUGGUGCUGGGUUGGGGGAAUUGCCAACCAAGGAUUGCACCAGAAUUUCAAUACCUUACUGUGAUAUCCAAGCACUUCCUGAAGGGAUGGAAUGCCCAAAAGCUGAUUUAUUGUCGGUCUUCACUGAAGAUCUUUCUUUGGUUAUCCCUCCAGUUUUUUUUGAUGGAAUUAGACAACUCAAAGUAGUGGAUUUUACAGGGAUGUGUUUAAAGCCUCUGCCUUCAUCACUUGGUUUCCUAACAAACCUUCAUUCCUUGUGCUUGCAUCGAUGCCAUCUGGAUGACAUAGCUAUCAUUGGAGAGCUAAAGCAACUAGAAGUUCUCAGUUUAGCAGAUUCCUAUAUUGUUGAGUUGCCUAGACAAAUAGAACAAUUAAGUAGACUAAAAUUACUGGAUAUCGGCAAUUGUUCCAAUCUUAAAGUCAUUCCAGCAAAUGUCUUAUCCAAGUUUUCCAUGUUAGAAGAAUUGUAUGUGAGCAACAGCUUUGUUGAAUGGGAGGCGGAAGCAAUCAGCAAUCAGGGUAAUGCAAGCCUUGCUGAGUUGGAAGGGUUGUCUCACCUUAGAACUCUGGAAAUACAAGUUGUAGAUGCAAAGAUGAUACCAAAAGCCCUGUUCUUCAAUGGAUUGCAGAGGUAUAGAAUACUCAUAGGAGAUGUAUGGGGCUGGCCUGGAAACUUUGAAACUUCAAGAACUCUAAAACUUAAGCUCGAGACAAGUAGUUACUUGGAGCGUGGGAUUGGAGUGUUGUUGAGGGAGACUGAAGAUCUCUAUUUAGAUGAAGUGACGGGUAUUGAAAAUGUAUUGUAUUAUGUUGAUGGAGAAGGCUUUCCACAGUUGAAGCACUUCCACUUCCAAAAUGAUGUUUUGAUUCAACGCAUUAUCAGCUCACCAAAUUGGGCUUCAUAUCCUCCUGCCUUUCCCAUCCUAGAGUCCUUGUUUUUAGAAAAUUUAAUGAACCUGGAGACAAUUUGUCACGGUCAACUUGCACGAGGUUCAUUUAGCAAAUUAAGAACCUUAGAAGUUGAAAAAUGCCAAAGAUUAGAAGCUAUGAUAAUAGAUGAAAGUGAAUACAACAAUGAAGUGGUUGAGUUCAAUCAACUGCGCUCCUUGAUGCUAAAUGAUUUACCAAACCUCAGAAGCUUUUGCUGGAAAAGGAAGGUGGCUACAGGAACAGAAGCAAGACAAAAGCAAUUGACAGCCUGUCCACUUGAGGAAAUUGUGUCGGAGGAUGAGCUUGGUGCUGAAUUAUCACUUUUCAACAGAAUGGUUUCUUUUCCCAACUUGGAGGAUUUGCAAUUAACCUCAAUUGCUUGUGAAAGGAUAUGGAACGACCAACUUUCCGCAAGAUGUUCAAACUUAACGAGUUUGAUUGUGUAUGAAUGCGACAAUUUGAAGCAUUUAUUCACAACUUCAAUUGUUAAAUGUCUUUUGCAGCUUAAAAACCUUAAGAUAAUCUUUUGUAAUUCCAUGGAAGAGAUAUUGCUGACAGAGGAACUAGAAGAAGAAGAAGAGGAAGAGAGGAUAAAUAAGACAGCCUUCUCAAAACUGGAGAGCCUUCAACUUUGUGGUCUUCCACACUUGUCUAGAUUCUGCACUGGGUAUUCAAUUGAAUUUCAGUGCCUUCGAGAAUUAAAAAUAUUUGCAUGCAGCGCAUUGGUGACUUUCGUCGCCAAAACAGAGACGAAACGUAACACUGAAAUUCAACCACUGUUUGAUGAAAUGGUUUCUUUCUCUAAAUUGGAGGUACUGUACAUAGACCAUAUGAAUAACUUGAAAAAUAUAUGGCACAACCAACUGGCAGCUGAUUCCUUCUGCAAACUGAAAUCAUUGUCAAUUAAUUCUUGCUCAAGACUAGUGACUGUUUUUCCAUUGGCUGUCUUGGAAAGAUUCCAGAGAUUAGAGAAGUUGGAUUUAUCACGGUGUGAUUCAGUGCGAGAGAUAUAUCAACUUCAAGGGUACAAUGUUAAAGAAGUAAAUGUUGCUGCAGCAUUUGAGCUAAGAGAUUUGCAUAUAGCUGGUUGUCACUCAUUGAAGCAUAUAUGGAGUAAGGAUCCACAAGGAGUUUUCACUUUGCAAAAUCUGAAAUCAGUUUAUGUUGUAUGGUGUAAUGUCCUGAAAAAUAUCUUUCCAGCCUCCAUAGCCCAAGGUCUUUUGAAACUUGAAAAGCUUGAAUUAGGAUUGUGUGAGGAAGUGGAGGAGAUAGUUGCACAGGAAGAAGGUGUAGAUCUGAAAAAUAUCUUUCCUCAGUUACACACUCUUAUAUUUUCAGAUCUACCAAAACUAAGGAGUUUCUAUUCAGGAGGGACACAUACUUUUGAGUGGCCGAAAUUGAAAUGUUUGAAAGCGAGAAGUUGUCACAAAGUGAGGAAAUUCGGUUCAGAAAUUUCAGAAAAGAAAGAAGUGGGCCAACAAAGCAUCCCAAUUCAAAAACCUCUCUUUUUCUUGGGAAAGGUUAGUCCCAAAUUGGAGGAAUUGACAUUGGAGCACAAGGACUUGAGUGCGAUACAACAUGGUUUAUUGCCAUUUCAGUGUUUUUCCAAACUCAGAGUUCUAAACUUGCUCUCUCUGCGGGAUGAAUCACGUCCUUUUCUAAUCCUUCUCCUUAAAAGAGUGUCCCAUCUGGAUAAAAUUUCUGUAUCAUUCUCUUAUUUAGAAGAGUUAUUCUCACGUGAAGGACUUGUUGGGGAGGAGGAACAUGCUAUUGCCAGAAUACUUACACGCGUGAAAAACUUGGAGUUACUCUUUCUUAAUAAUUUGAAGUGUAUUUGGAAUCAAGAUUCCCGAGUACAACCGCUUCUUCAAUGUCUUCAGACUCUGAAAGUAAGUGAUUGCGGUAGUUUGAUCAACGUAGCACCGUCAUCAUCAUCUUUCCUCAGUCUAACAACUCUUGAAGUGGAUUCAUGUGGAAGGUUGAAAAACUUGUUAAUGGCAUCCACAGCCAAAAAUAUGGUUCAACUCUCCAAAAUGAUCAUACGAUGUUGCCAAGCGAUGACAGAAAUAGUAGCAAGCGAUGGAGAUCAUAAUGAGGAUGAAAUUAUUUUCUGCAAAUUGAAAUAUUUGGAACUUAGUGGUUUAAGUAGUCUCACCAGCUUUUGCACAGGGAAUCACGUCUUCAAUUUUCCAUCUUUGGAAAUCGUUAUUGUCCAAUAUUGCUAUCGGAUGAAGAAAUUCUCUGGAGGUUUCUUAAUCACACCAAAGCUACGGGGAAUACGACUGAACAAAUUUGCAGAUAAACAACAUUGGGAAGGAAACCUUAAUGCGACCAUGGCAUGUCAGUUAACAAAUAUGCAGGUUGGCACAGAUUUUCAUGUAUCCAAGUUUCCUGAGCUCUGGAAUGGCAAAAUCCAAGGAAAGCACUUCCACAAUGUAGAAAGCCUAACCGUGGACACAUGUACAUUUACUUCCAAUGCCAUAUCGGCCCAUUUGUUACAGUUCUUGAACAAAUUGAGACGGAUAAAUGUAACGGACAGUGAUUCACUAGAAGUAGUAUUUGACUUGGAAGGGCUAUCUUCUGAUAAUGGGCUGCUACCUCGAUUAAGUGAAUUGAAGUUAAUGAAUCUACCUAUGCUGAGACAGUUAUGGAACAAGCAUCCUCACGGAAUUUUGGACUUCAAGAACCUAAGAUUGCUCCAAAUUGAAAAUUGUAGCAGCUUGAAGUAUAUAUUUACUGGGUCAAUGGCAUUGUGCCUCUCACAACUUCAAGAGGUAGAGCUGAAAUAUUGUAACAUGAUGGAAGGAAUAAUAGAAGUUGGAAAAUGCCAAAGAUUAGAAGCUAUGAUAAUAGAUGAAAGUGAAUACAACAAUGAAGUGGUUGAGUUCAAUCAACUGCGCUCCUUGAAGCUAAAUGAUUUACCAAACCUCAGAAGCUUUUGCUGGAAAAGGAAGAUGGCUACAGGAACAGAAGCAAGACAAAAGCAAUUGACAGCCUGUCCACUUGAGGAAAUUGUGUCGGAGGAUGAGCUUGGUGCUGAAUUAUCACUUUUCAACAGAAUGGUUUCUUUUCCCAACUUGGAGGAUUUGAAAUUACGCUCAAUUGCUUGUGAAAGGAUAUGGAACGACCAACUUUCCGCAACAUGUUCAAACUUAACGAGUUUGACUGUGAAAAAUUGCAACAAUUUGAAGCAUUUAUUCACAACUUCAAUUGUUAAAUGUCUUUUGCAGCUUAAAAAACUUAAGAUAAAAGAUUGUAAUUCCAUGGAAGAGAUAUUACUGACAGAGGAACUAGUAGAAGAAGAAGAGGAAGAGAGGAUAAAUAAGAAGAGGAAGAGGUAUUCAAUUGAAUUUCAGUGCCUUCAAGAAUUAACAAUAGAUGGGUGCAGCGCAUUGGUGACUUUCGUUGCCAAAACAGAUACGAAACGUAACACUGAAAUUCAACCACUGUUUGAUGAAAUGGUUUCUUUCUCUAAAUUGGAGGUACUGUACAUAAAAAAUAUGAACAACUUGAAAAAUAUAUGGCACAACCAACUGGCAGCUGAUUCCUUCUGCAAACUGAAAUCAUUGUCAAUUUUUUUUUGCCCAAGACUAGUGACUGUUUUUCCAUUGGCUGUCUUGGAAAGAUUCCAGAGAUUAGAGAAGUUGGAUUUAUGGUCUUGUGAUUCAGUGCAAGAGAUAUAUCAACUUCAAGGGUACAAUGUUAAAGAAGUAAAUGUUGCUGCAGCAUUUGAGCUAAGAGAUUUGCUUAUAUUUUGUUGUCACUCAUUGAAGCAUAUAUGGAGUGAGGAUCCACAAGGAGUUUUCACUUUUCAAAAUCUGGAAUCAGUUAUUGUUACAGGGUGUAAUGUCCUGAAAAAUAUCUUUCCAGCCUCCAUAGCCCAAGGUCUUUUGAAACUUGAAAAGCUUGAAUUAGGAUUGUGUGAGGAAGUGGAGGAGAUAGUUGCACAGGAAGAAGGUGUAGAUCUGAAAAAUAUCUUUCCUCAGUUACACACUCUUAUAUUUGCAAGGCUACGAAAACUAAGGAGUUUCUAUUCAGGAGGGACACAUACUUUUGAGUGGCCGAAAUUGAAAUGUUUGAAAGUGGAAAAUUGUCACAAAGUGAGGAAAUUCGGUACAGAAAUUUCAGAUGAAAAAGAAGUGGGCCAACAAAGCAUCCCAAUUCAAAAACCUCUCUUUUUCUUGGGAAAGGUUUGUCCCAAAUUGGAGGAAUUGACAUUGGAGCACAAGGACUUGAGUGCCAUACGACAUGGUUUAUUGCCAUUUCAGUGUUUUUCCAAACUCAGAGUUCUAAACUUGCUCUCUCUGCGGGAUGAAUCACGUCCUUUUCUAAUCCUUCUCCUUAAAAGAGUAUCCCAUCUGGAUAAAAUUUCUGUUUCAUACUCUUAUUUAGAAGAGUUAUUCUCACAUGAAGGACUUGUUGGGGAGGAGGAACAUGCUAUUGCUAGGAUACUUACACGGGUGAAAAACUUGGAGUUACACUCUCUUGAUAAUUUGAAGUGUAUUUGGAAUCAAGAUUCCCGAGUACAACCGCUUCUUCAAUGUCUUCAGACUCUGAAAGUAAUUUAUUGCGGUAGUUUGAUCAACGUAGCACCGUCAUCAUCAUCAUCUUUCCUCAGACUAACAACUCUUGAAGUGAAUUCAUGUGGAAGGUUGAAAAACCUGAUAAUGGCAUCCACAGCCAAAAGUAUGGUUCAACUCUCCAAAAUGAUCAUAAAAAAUUGCGAAAUGAUGACAGAAAUAGUAGCAAGUGAUGGAGAUCAUAACGAGGAUGAAAUUAUUUUCUGCAAAUUGAAAUAUUUGGAACUUAGUGGUUUAAGUAGUCUCACCAGCUUUUGCACAGGGAAUCACGUAUUCAAUUUUCCAUCUUUAGAAAUCGUUAUUGUCAAAAAAUGCUUUCGGAUGAAGAAAUUCUCUGGAGGAUUCUUAAUCACACCAAAGCUACGGGGAAUAAGACUGAACAAAUACGCAGAUAAACAACAUUGGGAAGGAAACCUUAAUGAGACCAUAGCAUGUCAGUUAACAAAUAUGCAGGUUGGCACAGAUUUUCAAGUAUCCAAGUUUCCUGAGCUCUGGAAUGGCAAAAUCCAAGGAAAGCUCUUCCACAAUGUAGAAUGCCUAACCGUGGACGCAUGUACAUUUACUUCCAAUGCCAUAUCGGCCCAUUUGUUACAGUUCUUGAACAAGUUGAGACAGAUAAAUGUAACGGACAGUGAUUCACUAGAAGUAGUAUUUGACUUGGAAGGGCUAUCUUCUGAUAAUGGGCUGCUACCUCGAUUAAGUGAAUUGAAGUUAAUGAAUCUACCUAUGCUGAGACAGUUAUGGAACAAGCAUCCUCAGGUAAUUUUGGACUUCAAGAACCUAAGAUUGCUCCAAAUUGAAAAUUGUAGCAGCUUGAAGUAUAUAUUUACUGGGUCAAUGGCAUUGUGCCUCUCGCAACUUCAAGAGGUAGAGCUGAAAUAUUGUAACAUGAUUGAAGGAAUAAUAGAAGUAGAGGAAGCUAAUAAGAUGAUAUUUCCCUCAUUGAAGUCCAUGAUCUUUGAAUGUUUGCCUAAAUUUUCAAAUUUUUGUUCAAGAAGUAGUAAUCUGGAAUGUCCAUCAUUGAAAAAGAUGAGUAUAUAUGACUGUCCAAGCAUGAAGACAUUUUUUUCCACACUACUACGGGAACAAAAACCAAAAGGAAAUGGUGAAGGGAGGGAGCAAAGACAAGACAAGGAAGAGUUCGAUGUCCCUUUUAGCCAUAAGAUGUUUCCCAAAUUGGAAGAGUUGUCAUUAGACAGCAAAUCUGUCAUGAUGCUGUUGCAAUCUGAAUUCCCAACAGAGUUCUUUUCCAAACUAAAAGUUGUUGAGCUGCGCUUCUUUCCAGACAAAUCUUGUGCUUCUCUAUUUCGUUUCCUUCCAAAAUUACCCAAUCUUGAAGAACUCGGCGUUCGUGACUCUUCUCUUGAGGAGCUAUUUGUAUUAAAAGGACUCGGUGGUGACCAGAAAGAUACCAUUACACCCUCACGGAUAAGAGCUUUAAAGCUCAACAAUCUUGGUGAUUUGAUUAAUUUAGCACUAUCAUCUGCAACUUUCCAAAAUUUAACAACUCUUGAAGUUAGUAAUUGCAAUGGAUUGAAAAAUAUGGUGACGUCAACAGCAGCCAAAAGUAUGGUUCAACUUGAGAUAUUGACUGUAAAUUCUUGUGAUAUGUUGAUGGAAAUAGUAGGAGGUGAACACCGCGAAACAACAGAAGAGAUUGUUUUCACCAAAUUGAAAACAUUAAAACUCAAAGAUUUACAGAGCUUCACAAGCUUCUGUUUGGGCAGUUACACUCUCAAAUUCCCAUCUUUGGAACAAGUAAUUGUUCAUGGAUGCCCCAACUUGAGGAUUUUCAGUCCUGGAGUGUUAAGCACGCCAAAGCUACAGAGUGUAGAAGUGGCGUGGAGAGAAUUUCAUUGGGAAAGAGAUCUCAAUGCCACCAUUGAACAUUUGUAUGAGAAAGCGAUUGGAUUUAAACGCAUCAGUCAUGUGAAACUCUCCAACUUUCCGAUGUUAAAAGAAAAUUGGAAUUGUCAAUUUCCAUUCAAGCGCAUGUACAGUUUAGAAAGUUUGGUGGUGGAUGAGUGUGCAUUUUUCUCAAAUGCCAUAUCAUCAAAUCUACUGAAGAAGCGCAUGUACACUUUGAAAGAGCUGGCUGUUGAGAGAUGUGAUUCAGUAGAAGAAGUGUUUGAUCUGGAAGGGCUAAAUGCCGAUGAAGGUCAUCUUGGGCUAACAAGAAAUUUAAAUGAAUUGCGGUUAAUUGAUUUGCCUAGGUUGAGGCACGUGUGGAACAAGGAUCCUCAAGGAUUUUUGAGCUUUAAAAACCUAAAAUUGCUGCAAGUUCAUAAUUGCAGCAACUUGGCUAAUAUAUUUACUCUGUCCAUGGCUUUGGGUCUUGUAAAUCUCCAACAUAUGGAAGUAAAAAGAUGUAGAAUGGUGGAACAUAUCAUCAGGAAAGAAGCAGACUAUGAAAUAGGAAGGGACAGGACCAUAUUUCCAUCAUUGCACUCCAUUAGUAUCGAGUGUUUGCCCAACUUGUCAUGUUUUUAUUCUGCAAGAGAUGUUCUGAAAUGCCCAUCCUUGAAAAAAAUUUAUGUGGUUGACUGUCCAAAGAUGGAAUUAUUAGCUUCAGCAUUUCGCUAUGAACAAGAUUCAAGCGUGAUUGUUGAGGGAAGUGAAGAAUCUGUUUACAAGGGAGAUGUUGAUAUUUCCAUGGCUGCUUUUUUUGGUGGCAAGGUUGCAAUCCCAAGCUUAGAAGAAUUGAAAGUGGAAUGGAAAACUAUGAAGGAUAUGUGGCCAGAAAAAUUUCAAUCCAUUUUCUUGUCUGGACUGAAAGGCAUUGAGCUGACAUGUUAUCCUGGUCGAUGUGCACUUUUGCCAACUGAUUUCUUUCAAAUUUUAACCAAUCUGGAGAAACUUGUUUUGAGAGAUGCUUCUUUUGAAGAAAAAACAUUUCAUGAAGCAAACAUUGGUGAGCAAGUACAUCCCGAAUCAUGUAAGGUGCCAGUGCUUAAGCAUCUGAUGGAGAAAGACUCCCAGCAAGUCCCAGCUUCUCAAUAUCUGGAGACAGAAGCAAUGGAUUGUGGCAGAUUGAAAAUUUUACUGCCAUUCACGGUUUCUUUGGAAAAUUUAACAACUCUGGAGGUAUCAAAUUGCCAAGGUCUAAUAAAUCUAAUGACUUCAAUUACAUGUAGAAGUCUUGUGCAACUUAGAAGAAUGAAGGUAGAGAAAUGUGAAAUGAUGCAAGAAAUUGUAGCAAGUGAAACAGAUGAUGAAGAAGAAGAGAUUUGCUUCAGUCAACUACAAUAUUUGGAGCUUCAUGAUCUACCACGCCUCACAAGCUUUUGCUCUGCUAAUCCUGCCUUCAAUUUCCCAUCCUUGGAGGAAGUGAUCAUUAGAGCAUGUCCCAAUAUGAAGAUUUUUGCUAAAGAAGUUUUAAGCACUCCAAAGCUAUGGCGAGUUCAAACCGGAAAACAUAAAUAUGAGUGGGAAUGGGAAGGCAGCAUCAAUAACACCAUUGAAGCAUUAUUUACACAUACGGAGGAAGUGUUAGAUAUGGAAGAUGAAGAUCAGCAAAGGCAUGCCAAUGCACUGGACGUGGUAGGCUGGGAUAGUUGUAUUUAUGCUCUGGCUCUUGAAAGAGUUCCGGCCUCUUCAAGAAUUCCAUGUGGAAACCCUGUUCUUGUUAAUCAAGUUCGGUGCAGCUUCUAUUCCUGUAUUCAAACUUAAAUUUCAAUCUCUCUCUUGGAAAUGGAAAAACAGAAAUUGUGGGAUAACAGAAAACAGGCGAUUUAUGCUUACUUACAAUCCUGAACAUUAACUUGCAUCAGUUUUGUUCUAAGAUGCUAGCAAUAUAAAUUAGAAGCAGCCCAAAGCCAUAGAAUUGUAGUAAUUGCCAUGCAGUUUACACUAUCAGAAAUUUUAUCUUCUUAAACAUCCCUGACUAAAUUGUGAAUUACCCUAUUAUUAUUAUUAUUAUCUUUUGGA